AUGGUUGAUCAAAAUCUCACCAAAAAGUUAUUAGAAAUAAGUGAUUUAGAAUUUACUCCAUUAGAUGAUAUCUUUAAAAGUAUAAGUAAAAAUCAAAUAAAACCGAUUCAGAUUGGCGUUAGUAAAUCAUUCAGACAAUCUGCUAACACGUUGGCAUCAAUAGUUUUAAAAAAAGAUUUAGCUGCGUAUGAACCGAAAAAUGAUUGUUAUACAAAGUUGCAAAAAAAACCAAGACCAAAAGACAGAGAACUAAGCAUUAUAGCUGCUGACAAUUCCUUAGAAGCAUCUAAACAUUUGCCUCCAAAACAUUCAACACCAAACAAACCAAAGUUAAACACGGUCGAAAAUACUUUUACUUUGUUGGCAACUUUAGAUAAAUCCAAAAACAAUACAAGCAUGGAAGUUUCUACCGAGAAUUCGAGUAGCAUAGAUGAUAAAAACAAUAAAAGCCUAGAAGAAAAAACAGUUACAACUUUUAUAUCAGAUUUUAGUAAUUUGCCACAGCUGGUUCCCUCAGCUGAAGAGUUAAAUGAACCGUCGCUGAAUGAAAAUGAACCUUUAACAUCAAACGUAAUUGAUCAAGUAUAUAUAGAAAGAGGCAAUCAUUGGAUAUUAGGAGUGAUUUCAUUAAACAACAAUUAUAUCUGCAUUUUUGAUUCACUACGGCUAAACCAUAACAGACGAGAGCACUUUGUAGAAUUAAUGAAAAUAACUCAAAUUUCAUCAACCCUUGCUCAAUCAAAAUUAGACAUGAGUAAAUUUAAAUUCUAUUACAGUUUAGAUUGUGAACAACAAAAUAAUAGUUUUGAUUGCGGUGUUUAUGUUAUAUUGUGGGCUUAUCAAAUAAUAAAAGGUCAAAAAGAACAUGUGCCUAUAGCAGAGGCAAGAAAGUUUAUAAGGUAUAUCUUCAGUCUUGGAGAGAUCUCAAUUACGUUUGAUCGAAAAAAAGGUUUUCGUUUAACAACUACGCAGGCAUUCUGCGUUAUGGCGCUUAUCUUAGAAAAAAUUUGA